GGGGGGGCACACCUCUCAACUGUCACUGAUUUUCAGUGAUGCCCUUGAUUUGUGGCUCAAAAUGCUGCUCAGUCCUAAACGUAGUCAUUUUUUCUGUAACAUUGGUGGUUGGAAGACAACAAAUAAUUGUAAUUAGUGGUGUUACAGACGAAUUGGUUUACCUCAGAAAAUGCAUUUUAAUACUGGCCCUCUUACUCUGUCAAUUUUAAGUCAGUGCUACCAAUACUUCAUCAACAUCAUUGAUUUGAGACCACAAUCCUGAAUUACUUCUGACCAUGACAACUUAGAGCUAUGAAUGAGAGUGUUCAUUUUAAUUGCUUCCUGUCAUUAGAAACUGCUACAAAAUCCCACAGUACAUUAAUAGAAAAAUGUCUGCAGACUUACUUGGAGAGGGACUUACAUCACACUGAGACUGCUGCAGCUGAUAAAAUGUCGUAGGAGACCAGUAUCAACUAAAUGAAGGCAAUGCUCUGACUUGGGUCCAGCCAUCCUGUUAAGACUCCUGUAUUUCAAUUGCAAAAUGCUAAGACAGCCGAGCACUGCUUGCUUAUUACAUAGUUCUGAUGUCUAACAAUAAAAAUUAUGGCAGCCACACCUCGGAUACCUAACAAAGCAAAAACAGUUAACAGUGAAAAAAUGUGAAUGGCAAAAGACAGAAUAAUGCCGUUGAGUUAAAGCAAACAAAUAUCAGUGGAAGAAGUGACAGGCACAGUUGUGUCACUUAGAAGAGAAGACUGCCUCCAAGUUGGAUGUAACUAAUUUUAUAUUAAUACCAAUGUUCGAUGCUAAGCAUUUAUUGACCUGCAGUAGCUUUUCUGUUGCUGGCAGUCUCUUUUGCACGGUGCAAGGGAUUUUCCUGCUGUCCUCACGUCGCUGCUCCUUCCUAAAUUCGGGAAAACGCUAUAGAGUUCCUUGGGGGCACUGCAGAGCAGUACAGAGGUAGAGCCCAAAGUGGCACAGGGGUGGAGGGACUUGAAGCAGAGGCAGGCGGGGCGAGCAGUGGGCUGAAUCUGACCAAAGGCAAUAAGGGAUUUCGGAUGUCGGUAAUGUGACUAUCAUAUAUGUAUUCCUAAAAAGGGGAGAAGCGUAUGCAUGCCACAACAGAUACCAGCACCAUCAUCAUCAUCGGCUACCGACCUCUUAAGUGGCACCAAUCCCUUGUGAGAACUAACAUCAGGGAGAUACUGAUCGUUCCUCAUCAAAGAGCCAUUCAUCGUGCGUUUCUUUAGGCAGGGACAGAACCAAGGACCCAACAGCAGGCGCAACGCCUUUGCACUGCUAACAAACCAGGCAAUGACAAAGGAAAUAUAAUACAAGGAUACUUGUACCUCUGCUUGAGAAUCGAAAUACAACUGCCUGCAGCAACAGCAGUCUAAUGGUGCGGAAUGGUAGCUGUUAUCUGAUUUUUUAAAACCACAUUGGUCCUUAAUGAGGGAUAUUUACAUUAUUCAGGUAACCUGCAGUGGGACUUUGCAAGCAACCAGGGUCCUGGUCGUCGGUUUGGAGGGCUACUCUCGCCUUCAUAAAACAGGGCAGCAGGGGUUCAGCGCAAACCCUUAUUCCUCCAUGACAACUUCGAAGGAGGGUAGAUUGUGUAAGAGAUGCUUAUGUGCAUAAUUCGAGCAAACGGGUAAGGGGAUAGCAUGCAUUCAGAGUGCGUGGUAUUUGUUACACUUUGGCUAAAGCUGCCAAUUUGAUUUCUACCUUAACGGCAGCUGCUACAGACAAAGACAGAAAGAAAAAAAAGCCAUACUGACAAUCUAAUCUUAGGGUUGGAUGGUGCUUUUCUUACAUCAAAUUGGUAGAAAAAGACUGAGCUUAGGGAUUCAAGGAAGCGGUGGGAUUUUAGUGAUCCUCGUUUUAUUUGCGGAGCAGUUCAUUAAUCUGGAUAGUUUCAUCAUAGUAUGUCUGCUCUUCGGAGGAAAUUUGGGGACGACUAUCAGGUAGUGACCACUUCAUCCAGCGGGUCUGGAUUUAACCAACAGGCUCCCAAGAAGAAGAGGCAAAGAUUCGUGGACAAGAAUGGGCGAUGUAAUGUUCAGCAUGGAAAUCUGGGCAGCGAGACCAGUCGGUACCUCUCGGAUUUAUUCACCACCCUGGUAGACUUGAAAUGGCGAUGGAAUUUAUUUAUUUUCAUCCUAACAUACACAGUAGCUUGGCUCUUUAUGGCAUCCAUGUGGUGGGUUAUCGCCUAUAUCAGGGGGGAUCUCAACAAAGCCCACGACGAAAACUACACCCCGUGUGUUGCAAAUGUUUAUAACUUUCCAUCAGCCUUCCUGUUUUUUAUUGAGACUGAAGCCACAAUUGGAUAUGGUUACAGGUACAUUACAGACAAGUGCCCAGAAGGGAUCAUAUUAUUCCUGUUUCAGUCCAUACUUGGUUCGAUCGUAGAUGCCUUUUUGAUUGGGUGCAUGUUUAUUAAAAUGUCUCAACCGAAGAAGAGAGCAGAGACACUGAUGUUCAGUGAACAUGCAGUUAUCUCCAUGAGGGACGGGAAGCUCACUCUGAUGUUCAGGGUGGGAAACCUCCGCAACAGCCAUAUGGUUUCUGCACAGAUCCGCUGCAAAUUAUUAAAGUCAAGGCAGACGCCUGAGGGCGAAUUUCUCCCUCUCGAUCAACUUGAACUGGAUGUAGGAUUCAGUACUGGAGCUGAUCAACUUUUUUUGGUAUCUCCGCUUACUAUUUGCCAUGUGAUCGAUGCCAAGAGCCCCUUCUAUGACCUUUCUCAGCGAUCCAUGCAGACUGAGCAGUUCGAGAUUGUUGUCAUCCUUGAGGGCAUUGUAGAAACAACUGGUAUGACAUGCCAAGCUCGAACAUCAUAUACUGAAGAUGAAGUACUCUGGGGACACCGUUUCUUUCCAGUUAUUUCUUUGGAGGAGGGAUUCUUCAAAGUAGAUUACUCCCAGUUUCAUGCAACAUUUGAGGUUCCAACACCACCCUACAGUGUAAAAGAUCAGGAGGAAAUGUUGCUUAUGUCCUCACCUGUUAUGGCUCCUGCCCUACCUAAUAGCAAGGAAAGGAAUAAUUCAGUAGAUGGAUUAGAUGGACUAGAUGAUGUUAGCAGUACGACUACUGUUACCACCACUGCGACUACCAAGCUGCCUACAAAACUGCAAAAAAUUACAGGAAGGGAAGACUUUCCUAAAAAAUUACUGAGGAUGAGUUCUACAACCUCAGAAAAGGCAUAUAGCCUUGGUGAUUUACCUAUGAAGCUUCAGAGAAUUAGUUCAGUCCCAGGUAACUCAGAAGACAAACUGAUUUCAAAAUCAUCAAAGAUUUUUUCUGAUCCAAUGAGUCAAUCUGUUGCUGACCUUCCACCUAAACUACAGAAAAUGUCAGGUGGAGGGGGAAGGAUGAUAGAUGGACAUCUUCCACCAAAACUGAGGAAAAUGAAUUCUGAUAGAUUUACGUAACAGGAGAAGAUAGUUCAAGUAUACAAUCUGGAGUUUCUUAUUUUCACUGAGGAUCAGUUCUGCAUAGUAUGGACCAGUAAAUGGUGUAUUCUUUGCAAUGUGGCAGUUUCCUUAGCACUACAUGCAAUCUGGGUCAACUGUGUUUAUCCCAGACAUAUUUAACUGUAAGGAUAUGUGUUGAUAAGAGGCCUCCAAUAUUUUUAGGGUCUUUAUUUUAUCUACAGUAACUGGCAUGUAGUAUCACCAGGAGCAUGCAAUAAUAGUGUGCAAAUUUUGCAUAUAGUUUUAUGGCAUGGUUCUUAUAUUUAUAUUGUAUAUUCUGGAAAAAUACAAAGAGGGGAAAUUCCCCCAUAUUUCUUAUAUAAGGUUUUAGAAAUAGUAAGAAUGGACAGUUAUGGAAGAAAGGAAAACCAUUAUGUUAUCUUAUUAUUUUCUUGUAGGCAACGUGUGAUGCUUUAUUUAAUAAACAAUGUUAUUGCAUGUUUUAGUUCUACAUCAAUGAAGGUUAUUUACUGACUGGGAGAAAUUGGCACAGAAAUCUCUAGCCUUAAACAAUUUGACAUAUUUGUAUAUGUUUUCUCUUGUUUUAUUGCUGCUUCUUUCUGUUGUUAAAAUACUGAUGUUGAAGAAAACUGUAGUGCUUCAUAACUGAACAGUAGCUUACUCUGUCUGGGGCUGGGCAGAAAAAAGAUUGCAGAUUUGCAUCAACAUUAGAUCACCUGCAGCAAAACAAUGAAAUAAUUUUAGCUGAUUUCUGUGGCAGUGAUAUUAUUUUUAAUUAGGACUCACUAAUUGGCAGUAGCAGUAUCUGGCACUCUGUAUUAGCACUCUAUAUACCAGAAUCAUUUUCAAUGAGAAAUUAUUUAAACUUAUUUUAACUAAAAUAGCCACACAAUCCUUAAAUUAUCAAACAAUACAGACAAAAGCUCAUCAACAAAGUGAAUUUGUUGUGGAAUGUUGAUUAUUAUGUGUAAGAGAAGACAAUAUCAUUUAUCUGUUUUCCAAGCCAGUAUAAUCAGUAUUGAACAAUAUAUCAGCACUAAAUAUUUCCAUUUUAUUGAACUUCAUUGAUUGUUUCUUUUAAGAAAAAUGUUCACAUUGCCAUGGCAUGGAAUUGACAUGUUCAAAUUAUCUAAUGUACUCCUUCAUUUUAUGAUCUGAUGCUUAAACUGCAUGCUUGCUUUGAUCAAUCUUUAAGUUCCCUAAUGAACUAAACAGCUUGCAGAAUGAAAUGAAUAUAUCUUGUAUACAAACAUGUUCUGUCUGAUGUGAACUCUUGACUGUUAUUUGAUGGAAAGCAAAAUGUCUAAAUAACUUUCAAUUUACUCUGUUUUGCUAAUUCCUUUUUCAAAUGUUUCAAUGCAAGUUUUGGAUACUGACAUUUGAAAUGUAAUAAGCCAUGUGACUUCAGAGUCAAGUACCACAGUAUAUUAAUUAUAAGGAUAAUAUGUGUAAUUGUGUUUUCCUAAAUAUCUUGUGCUGAAAAGGGCCUUCAUGGUGAGUCUCUUGAAAACAUGAUUUGCUUUUGGAGACCAGAUAUCCCACUUAAUUUAUACAGUCUGACACUGAGGUAUUCAAUAGGCUGGCUUGGUCUUUCCAAAUAAUCCCCAUGAAAAGCUAACUAUCCACUUGUUGAAAUUUAGUAUUUUACUCUAGCAUUGAUGCAAAAUUUGGGUUUGAUGCACUAGUUUUAGUAUAAGAAUACUACAAAGUAAUGAUGAAAUAUUGGUAUUCCAAAGAGAUUUGCACAGCAACACAAGAAAUAUUUGUGAUUUUGAUAUGUAUUAAUCGAACACUGGAACUGUUCAGCCGCAAACUUCAAAAUAACUUUUUUUUAUCAAAGCUUUGAAUGAAGCUAAGCUAAAUAGUUGAUUAAAAGGGAUAUCACUUAUUUAUGGUGCCUUGAGAUUAUGCCAUAUCAUGAAAUUGUCCAAAUGACAAGGUAGAUGUUUUGGGGGGGUUUAUGAAAAGUUUGCAUCAUGUAUAAUCCUUUUUUUCUCCCAGACUUCCACAUGGUUGUAGGAUUCUUUAGUGUUUAUUUUCAUAUUUGUAAUUAGCACCAGUAUUGCAUAAAGCAGAAAUGUUGGCUGUACUGCAGUUAGGAGCUUCAUGCAAUUAGAAUAAUCUCAUAACAUGGCAACAGCAUUUUUGAAAUGCAAAAUGUAAUUUUUUAAUGCAAACUAUUAUAGUACCAUUUUAUACCUUCAUUAUAAGCUUGUGUCUGAGGUACAGCUAACAACAGUGUUUUGUUGUCUUUAAUGUUUUAAAUAAACAAUGAUUUCUCCACUUGAAAA